AUGAGCAACAAUAAAUUAGAAGCAUUCCCAGAAGGAUUGUUCACACCACUUAAAAAUGUCAUAUACCUAAUACUGGAUGCUAAUAACCUGACGACCGUGCCAGCUUCAAUGUUUACAUCGAGCAGACAAUUAACAUACCUUCAUUUGCAAAAUAAUCGAAUCAAGACCUUACCAAGCGUACCGUUUUCAAGUCAUCUUAAAACAUUAUCAUUGUUUAACAAUCUCCUGACAACCCUACCAGAUGAAAUGUUUACCAAGCAGGUCUGGCAGAUAGAGGAUCUUCAAUUGCAAAGCAAUCUUCUUACCAAGGUCCCGAGGGGAAUUUUUAGUGCGUACACAAUAGGUCAAUAUAGUGCGAAAACUGAUCUUCGGAACAACAAGCUGGCCAUCGAUCAACGACUCUGCGCCCUAACUCCGUCUGUGGGUGACUACGCCAUACACUUAUCAGCGGAUGACCAAGUCCGGAACUACAUAUAUAAUGCGUACCACAAGAGAAUCUGCUAUCAUAAUUGUGACACAUUGCGUCCAGAAGAAAAUGACUGUGACGAUGGCUUUAUGUGUGAUGGACUGAUCUUGAACUACAAAUGUAUUGGUGAGGAUUUCCUAUAG